AUGGAUGGCCCAGUUGCAUCUGCUGCUAGAACUGAUUUGUUUUCCAAGUGCCUAAGGAGUACAUCCCUGGAGUUAUCGAAGGACUCGAAGAAUGCACGAGCAAUGGUGCUCCUACUGGUUACCCCAGUCGUCGAUGUACGAGCUGCUUUAGUCGAGGGAUCCUAUCAUGAUGUGGAUUCAAGUGUUUUGGCACUUCAAUUGGCAGCACAAGGCGCGUUUAAGGAGCGAAUGCAGGCAGGCCUGAAACUGCUGCGGCCAAUUAUGAAGGUUGAAGCUGCUUACCCCAGAAGAGCAUUUGGGUGACAUCAUUGGCGAUUUGAACUCGAGAAGAGGCCAGAUCAACAGUUUUGAGGAUGAUAAGCCUUGUGGUCUCAAGGGUGCCAAAUGUGCACAAACAGAAAACUGUGCUGAAUGUUUCUGAUGGUUUAUGUCAAGGUUGCAUAAUGAAAUUUUUAUAAUGUAUAACAAAAUAGCCUAGUUGAUGGGUGGAUAAGGUGCUUCCUAACAAAAUAAUUUCUUUUUUUUUUAAUCCACAUAUGUUAUUGAUAGGGG